UUUCCAUCUUUUACACAAACUCAUGUUUCUAUUUUUCUCUCCACAGCUGCAGCAGUUCAGAUCAUUUCAGAACCACAGAGCAGAGAAGAGUUUCUGAAAUAUUUCUGUUAUCUGACUCUGGAUCCCAACACGGCACAUCGUCACCUCAUUCUGUCUGAGAAGAACAGAGCGGUGAGAGGCAGUGAGAGAGAGCAGCGUUACUCUGAUCAUCCAGAGAGAUUUGCUUACUGGUGGCAGGUAUUGUGUAAGGAGAGUGUGUGUGGACGCUGUUACUGGGAGGUGGAGCGGAGCAGUGAUGGUGUGUCCAUAUCAGUCUCAUAUAAAGACAUCAGCAGGAAAGGACGGGGUAAUGAGUGUGUGUUUGGAUGCAACAAUCAGUCCUGGAAUCUGCGGUGUUCUUCUUCUUCUCUCUCUGUCUGUCACAACAGCAUUAAGACUGUUCUCAGAGUUCCAUCAGCCUCCAGAAUAGGAGUGUAUGUGGAUCACAGUGCAGGAACUCUGUCCUUCUACAGCGUCUCUGACACGAUGAAGCUCCUCCACAGAGUCCACACCACAUUCACUCAGACUCUGUACGCUGGGUUUGGGUUCGACUUGGUUUCUGGUUCUGUGAGAUUGUGUGAUCCAGAAUAAAAGUGUGUAGUGUUUUCUGUAAAAUUCCUGCACGUUGCCACGUUGUUGCUCAGUCGUCUGUUUCACUAGAACACAAUCCAGCUGCACAAACACACUCAUUUUAAUAUUUAAAUUAAAACAGAUGAAUAAUUUAAAUAAUUAAAAAGGAAAUGUUAAAAAUUUACUUUCAAACAAGAAACUCAUCAAAUUUAAAAAGAAAAUGAUCUCAUGACCUUCGCAUUAUAAAGUUCUGUUUGUUUCAUAUUAAGCAGCGUCUCAUUAAAUAACUAAUAAACAGUAAUAAAGCCAGAACAGAACAACAUUUUAAACCUGUUCAGGUCACACUAUAUAAAAAUAAAACAUCACUUUUGGAAUGAAUUUGAUUUUUCUCCUUGUGUUCUAAGAUGUAAAAUCCACAUUCACUUUUUCAAAUCUGAAGUUGUUUCUAAACCCUGAGAUUUGAUUGUAAAACAUUGAACAAUAUUUAAACUCCAUUAGAACAUCCAGUACAUGAUCGGUUCAGGCUGCCGAUGUCGUGUUCAUCCCAUAUUCAGCCUGGAUGAUGAUUGGCCCGCAGAUAGAACCUUAUAAAUCCAGGUUUAUCUGUGAGUUUGGGAUUUUUAUUCAAAUAUUACAAUCAAAGCUUUGCAGAAUAAAAGAUAAGAGCACAGGAGAAUAAAGUUUCCCCCAGUGAUGGAGUUUCUGUGCUGAACUCAUUUUCAGACAGAAGCAAAUUCAACCUUUUCCUGAGAGUUUCAGCAGCUGGAUAAAUAUUGUUCAGUAUUUUAAACUGAAUUUCUUUCACUGUGGGUGAAAUUGGCCAUCUAAGAUAACUACAGUGUGUAUUUGUUAGCGUUCCUCCAUCGUCAGUUAUUCUUACUUUUAAUUUAUUUUUUUAAAUCAGGGAAUAGCUUCCAUUUUAAAACAUUUCUAAUUCCUUUGUGAUUAGAUUUUUCACCAAUUUCCACUUCACCGAUUUUCAAUUCAGGCAGUUUGACCGACACCUUUGAAUAUUCAAGGGUAUUUUUUAUCGUGAACCUUAAGGGAGGUGGAAUAGCUCUACAAAUUUGAUUAAAUUCUCUAUAGACACAUUUUAAAUGAAACUUUUCUCAAACGAAUUAAAUUGCAUUAAAUGUCCAUUUUCAUCCAUUAGAUCGGUAACAUUUAAAACUUUAAAGUCUUCCUAUUAAUAGUAAUGGUUCUAUUAUUCCACAAGGUUAAGUAUGCUCGCAUUUGUGGACAUAAAUAAUUUUGGUGAAAUUUGGCAGCCUUGUCUGAUUCCACGUAACAUCUUAAAUUUUGGUGUCAUUCCAGGGUUAAGGGAGAUAUAACUAUAAAUAUCAUUGUGAAAUAUUUUAAUAACCUUGCAGAACCCUUUUCCAAAUCCAAGAUUUUUGAGUUUUAUAAACAUAAAAUCGUGCUCCACAGUGUCGAAUGCUUUGAAAAAGUCUAGAAAUAAAAGAAGACUAUCUGAUUCAAUAAUUGAUUGGUAAUCAGUCAUAUCCAGAAUCAGUCGGACGUGGUUUUGAAUAUAUCUUCCCUUCAUGAAGGCUGAUUGAUAUUUGUCUACAAGUUUUACAUGUCCACGCUUUAGACGAUUAGCAGAUACUAAGGCAAGUAAUUUAUAAUCAUUGCAUAGUAAGGUUAUAGGUCUCCAAUUGUCUAGCAACAACAAGUCUUUUUUGGGUUUUGGUAGCAAGGUUAUUAAGCCUGUCUCCAUAGUCGGGGAUAAACAUCUUUUGUGAAUGCAUUCUAAAAAUGCUCUAUAUGAUAUUUUUUUUUAAUAUCCACCCAAAAGUAUUUUAAAAAUUCAGAUGUUAAGCCAUAGAUUCCUGGUGAUUUACCAUUUUUCAUUUGUUUGAAUGCAAUUUCAAUUUCUGUGUUAGUUCAUUCCUCAUCAAGUGCAUGUUUGUCUUCAUCCAUUUUUUUGAUGUCAUCAUUGAUGGGAUAAAAUAAGACGUCACAUUCUGAUUUAUUAAAUUUAAGUUACAAUAAAAGAGCCAAAUUUCAUCCCGUUCUGAUCUAUUAUAUUAUCAUUGGUCAUAAGCUUACUCAUUUUUUUCUGAGUUUGUCUUUGAUUUUCAAGUCCGAAGAAAUACGAUGAACUUUUUUCACCCUGUUUGAUCCAUCCAGCUCUUGAUCGAGUGGAAGCUCCAUUUGCCUUUAUUGUGUACAUUUUGUCUAGUUGAGACUGCAGUGACUGUAAUUCUGAAAUGUUUUCGAAGGAUAGUUGUGUGUUAUUUACUAAUGUAUUAAUUUUCUCAAUCAGAUCCUUUUGCUCUUGUCUCCUUAUUUUAAUUGAACUUUUAUUUCAUUUUAUUAUUUUAUUUCUACUAUUUUUUAAUUCUUAUUAUUUUUCUUCCCCAUUUAUUUUAUGUAAUUUUAUUUUCUAUUGCUUACUGUUUUGCUUUUACUUCUGUAAAGCACAUUGAACUGCCACUGUGUAUGAAAUGUGCUAUAUAAAUAAACUUGCCUUAUCCGUGAAAGUUUUUUACCCAUGCCAAUUGCUAUUUGUUUGACCUUAAACUUAAAACCAUUCCC